AUGGAGGACCUCCUGGAGGUUUUCAAUCCUCGCAAGAGAUCUAGGCUUCUCUCACCAAUAUCCACCCUCCCAGUCGAGCUCGUCUUGAUAAUCGCCAACUUUCUGUCCCCUAAAGACCUAUCCCACCUUCUCCAGACUUGCCAUUUUUUUUCUUGUGUUCUCGAGCCUCACCUCUAUGCCAUUGUAGCAACGGAGCCUGUCCCCGCAAGACCACCAUUGGUUUUGUACUGGGCCGCGGAAAGGGGUUACGUAUCUGUUCUUCAGAAGAUCUUUCAAUAUAGCAAGCCCGACGAAAUCCCUGUCAGAUGCAAAACGAGAGCCCUCUCUCACGCCGCGGAGCACGGCCAGACCGCCGCGGCGAAAUUCUUGCUAGAUGUGGGCGCCAAAAUUAACAGGGUCGUUUCAAUCGACGACGUGAACCGGUACACGGCGUUGCAUCGCGCGGCGGCCAACGGCCAUGCUGAGAUGGUGAUAUUCCUGCUCGAUAACGGGGCCAAUCCUGCUAUCCAGGGUUCGCCCGACGAGGUUGCAGUGCUCGAGCACGCGGAUUCAUGGGGGCAGAAGGAUAUGGUCCAACUAUUCCUGUCCCGUGGGUUCGGUAUCAAGAAGCCCCCAUGGGCCGUUGGGACCAUAUAUCAUGAAGACAUCGAUCAAAUCGAAGAAUUCCUGGAGUAA